AUGUAUUCUUAUUUUGAAGAUGGAAAACCUGGAUGUGAAUUACUUCCUUUUUACACAAACAUAAAGGAACAAUUACAAAAUUAUCAGAAUUAUGAUCUUCCAAAAUUUUCUGAAAAAAUUUUACAAGCUCUUUGCUUUAUAUAUAAUGAAAAAAAAAAUCGCCAAAAUAAUUUUAACGAAGAAUAUUGUUCGUAUUUAUAUUAUUGGUUAGGUCAUAAAAUAUAUCCCUUAGUACAUGAUAAGACAAUCUUUACAAAUAUUAUUAAGAUGAUUUAUGAUGAGCUUUAUGCUGGUAUUACAGAAAAUUUUAUAGUUUGUAGAUAUGUUUAUACCCCAAUUGAUGAAGAUAUAUUUAAUAAGAAUAAGGUGCUGUUUGAUUAUUCUAAGGAUUAUCAUAAUUUUGAGUUAGCUACUCCUCAUGGCGAAACCACAUGUGAUAAAGAUUAUAAGGAAUACAUGAAUAAUUAUAUUAGAAUGUAUAAUGAGGCAUAUUUUGAUUGCAAUAAAGGAAAUAAAAACAAUUUUGAUUGUAACUAUUUUUCUAAAUUAUUCCAGGAAAAACAAUACAAUAGCUUAUCUUCAUUUAGUUGCAUACAAAGUGAUAAGGGUGGAGUGUUUUUAGACAAACACAAAGCACAUGAGAAACAAGAACCCCCAUCAGUUCAAUCUUAUAGACAGACUACUGUUACACCUCCAUCACCUCAACACGUUCCAGGACGCAUUGCAGAUUUAGGUAUGAAACAACAACUAGGUAAUCAUAAAUUUCCAAGAACAAUAGAAACCAUUCAAUUGGAUGAUACUACUGAAGGUGGAUCUUCCAAAACUAUUGCGGGCUCAGUUGCUCCAGUAUUAGGAGUUUCAUCAAUUUCUUUACUCUUAUAUAAACUUACACCAGUUGGAGGAUAUAUAAACAGAUUACUAGGAAGGAACAGAAAUAUGUAUAAUCCUGUAGAAUAUAUGGAUUCAUUCAACCCAUAUAAUGAUGGAAUGGAUCCUGGGGGUAGAACAAUGAAUAUAUCCUACAACAUAUUAUGA